AUGACUGAGUACGGCUACAGGGAUCACAACAAUGGAGACGUUAAGAUGGACAUGUUUGGUCGACACACGGAGGACAUUUCAACGUCCGUGGAGACGCCAAAAAAAAGCUACCUGGCAGAAAGUGAGAACAGCCCGCCGGGAGAUGGAAAUAGUAAAAUUGGAGAGCUGGGAAAGAACUUGAUGGAAACGACCACAUGCCAUGGCAUUGGACGGAUUUAUGGUGGGACUAACUGUUACCGUAAAUCCUUCUGGACAUUGGUAUUUAUGGUGGCAACAUCUAUGUUUCUUUGGCAGUUUAGCGAACUUCUUAUCAACUAUUAUGAUCGAGACGUAACUGUCAGUCUGGAUAUUAAAUUUGACAGGAAUCUCAAUUUUCCAGCAGUGACAAUCUGUAAUUUGAAUCCAAUUAAACUCAGUAUUAUGGCCAUGGAUGAAAAUCUCCGGGAAAUGUUUGGAUUCGAGGCUGAGUAUGAACCUACUUUGGCGCCGGCACCCGGUCCACCUGGAACGGGCCCUCCUCUGGGUACAAUGGCGCCAACACCGUCUUCACGAAAGCGACGACAUCUACAAAGAGAGAAACGGGCGGACGAUGAGCUCCAAAACUGGGAUACAAAUCCUCCAGACUAUGAUGCCGUGGACACCAAGAUGGAGACUGCUUUCUCUGUGUAUGAUUACAUGGGUGCAAUUGAGUAUGAACAGAGAAUGAGGUUUGGUCACGGUCUUAAAACCUUUCUUGUAGAUUGUACUUGGAAAGGCUACCCAUGUGGGCCAGGUAAUUUCACUAAGUUCUACAAUUACAUGUACGGCAAUUGUUUCACGUUCAAUUCUGGCGAAGACGGCACCACUCAAGCGACGAACAAUCCAGGACCCCUACACGACUUAAAAGAAUCGGCUGGAGCCAGACUACUAAUUCAUCCACAGAAUGUGAUGCCUUUCCCGGAAGACAAUGGUUUGACUUUACAGCCUGGCACGGAGACAAAUGUCGGUCUACGGAAGGUCGUUAUCUCCCGUCAACCAUAUCCGUACGGAGAUUGCGAAACAUCGACGAAAGUGACGUCAGACAACAACAUAUUCACCAAUUUCUUUGGAACGGAGUACAGCCAGCAGUCAUGCGAGAAGAGCUGUUUCUAUAGUCACGUUGUUACCGAGUGUGGAUGUAGUGACGCAAAGUUCCGAUAUAACACUACAUACUCUCCAUGUACGUCUAGUAAUGAGACACAGAGGGAAUGUAAGGAAAGCGUGGAAAACUUGUACCUCGAAGGGAAAUUAUCCUGUGAUUCUGAUUGUCCGCAACGAUGCGAAGAUGACGACUAUAGGAUGACAGUAACCAGCGGUCUCUGGCCAAACAACGUCUACGUGGAUGAAAUAAUAUCAGAUGUACAACAGAUGAGCACUGAUCUACAUUCACGAGCAACAGAGGAAGACAACUUUGCAUAUAACAAUUUAUUAAAAGUGAACAUUUAUUAUGAACAGUUCAACUAUGAAUCGAUUACAGAGUCGCCAGCAUACCAGGCAGAAGAUUUUCUCAGCGAUGUUGGUGGACAAAUGGGACUAUGGAUUGGAAUGUCAGUCAUCACAAUUUUUGAAUUCCUCGAAUUUGUGUUUGACAUUUGUUCCUGGAUUGGAAGGAAAUGCACGGGAAAGAAGAAGAGAAGUACCCUACCCAUAUAA